AUGGAAGCCUGUACUGCAACCACAAAAAAGAUGAACCAUUCUCGUUCAAUCAGCUUACCGUCCAGACCUCAUCCUUCAGUAGCAAAUGUAGAAGAGCAUUUGUGCAGAGUAAGAUCAUCAAAUGCAGCAUCCACUUCAUCACUGUGCAACAAACUAACUGGACUCGGUGACUUGUUUGGCUGUCUGGAUGACUUGCUUCAGUUACAAACAGUGCAGUCUUGUGAUUCUGAAGUUGUUCUAGGGGCAUCUAUUAGACUAUUGGAUUUGUGCAACUCAGCUAAAGAUGCAUUUUCACAAAUUAGAGCUUCUGGUCAAGAUCUUGAGUCAGCUCUACGAAGAAGAGAAGCUGAUGUAUCAAGCAAAGUUGGAAACUACUUGAUCUGUGUGAAAAAGGUCAACAAAAUGGUUUCUAAGAGCUUUGUUAAUUUUAAGAAAUCUCAAGAUAAGAAAAGCAACGAGUCUUCUGCUAUUCUGAAAGUCCUUAAAGAAGUUGAAGAAGUCAGUGUAUCAGUAUUUCAGUCCCUCUUCUCAUCAGUCUUUCCUGCAAAUGAAACAUCAAAGCAAAACAGGUGGUCAAUGGUUUUCAAGUCAACACAAUCCAAACGUGUACAUGAAGCCAGUAAAGACAACGAAGUUCAGAAAAUACACUUGAAUUUGCAAGCUCUAUACCAGCAGAAAAGAAAUAAGCAAUCUGAUCUCUUGAGAAUUCAAGAAACACAAAAGUGUUUGAUGGCAUUGGACAUGAACAUGCAACAAGUAGAAGAGGAUUUAGAUUGUAUUUAUAGAUCUUUGAUCAAGACCAGGGUCUCUGUUCUAAAUGUUGUCAACCAAUAG